AUGUCACUAUCACAUUCUCUAAUCACAUUCUCAUCACUUUUGCUUGUUGGCUCGUUUUCAGCAACUGCACAACCGACCCCAAUAGGUAAAUAUUGUGAAUCAACAAUAUCGGUUGUUCAAAACGACGUAUCUCGGUUGUUUGUGGAGAUAUCAAAAAGGUGUCAACUAACAAAUUGUUCAUGAGGACAUUUUACACAUUUAUUCAGUUGAUCACUUUUUUUUAUCUCCACCCGCAGCUGAGAUACAGCGGUUUGAAAACGCAAUGCAAAGACCGAUAUUAUCCAUCCACUUUAUAGCUUCUACGUGAUAUAUCUCAGCUACCGGUAGAGAUAUCUAAAAGUUGUCAACUAAUGAAUUAUUCAGCAAUAAAUUCUACACAUUUUAUUAGUUGACCACUUUUUGAUAUCUCCACAAACAACCGAGAUACAUCAUUUUGAAUGUACGUACCGCUUUUUUUCCAGAAUGCACUCCCAACGAGACCGUAACCGACGGUUUUUUCACGUAUAAAUGCGUAAAAAACGAGGCGGCACUCGUUUUGGAGCCAAUUUCGUGUGAAGAUCACGGAAAAGUGAUGAAUGUGGGCGAGUCGGUGAAAAAAGUGAACGGAUCGGUGAUCGUGGAUUGUAAUCAGUACGACGGAGAUUUGAAACUGGUCGCCGAGUACGGUACGUUCGAUUUUGUGCAAUUUGUCGUCAGAGUGUUCACACACACACACACACACGACCUACAGUAACCCAAACUACCGUAAAACUUACUGUUUGCAGCUUUUCGUAAAAGUUUAAAGUGUUUGCACACUUUUCGAGCUACAGUAACCCGUACAGACAGGCGUACUGUAGUUAGAAAGUGUUUGCACAGAUUUUUGAAGCUACCGUAAUCCUUACAGUACCCGGAUGUUAUCACAAUGGGACCGUGUACCGAGUCGGUGAAAAUUGGGAAGAAAUGAAUGCUCACGGAGACGAAUCGAAUGUGGAAUGGCUUGAAAUGGAGUGUAAACUGGAGAACGGAUAUUAUGAGAAUCGAGUUUCAGGUACCGUAAUCCUACAGUAGACCUACAGUAAUCCUAAUCCGAAAAAAACUUGCAGGAUGUAUAACCGAACAAUUUGUUGAGGAAGAUCAAGGCGAGCAGGGAAUGGAAUUGGAACAAAACGAGUUGGUGCUCACUAUAGGUGCCUACAGUAAUCCUACCGUACUCCUACCGUAACCCCAAACGAUUUCUAGAAAUGUCUUCGAACGGACGACGUCUAAAAGUGAAACGUCUCACGAGAAUCGUCGUGAAACUCGGCGAUUUUUUGUUCGACGCAAAAAGUGAAACGUAUCGAAAAUGCGCACAACUCGAGCCGGGAUACGUCGGAUUUCUAGAGGCCGAGUACAAAAGUGAGCUCACGUGGUACGGUACUUUGACCCAGCGGAUUACUGUAGGACCGAAAUGCACACUGGAAAACCGGGAAACGCGGGAAGAGGCGGACGAGUGGAUCGACGCGAAAAAAGGCACGAAAAUGGUGUGCCAGGGUGGUGAGGCGGUGAAAAAAGGUACCGUAGACUACAGUAAUCCGCCACGGCUACUCUUUUUUUGUUUUUGCAGGAUGUCUUAUCGGAGACUACGAGUUGGGGCUCUACGAAAAACGGAUAUUGUCCGAUUCGAAGUGCGUCUUCCUCUGUCAUCCACUUACAAACGUUUAUGCGUGUGAAGAGCCGUUGGAGAAGUUCUCGCACAAAUUCGCGGGACCCAAUGAUGUUUUGGAAAAACUUGCGGGGUCGAAACCCUUGUUUUAA